AUGAUCUGGCUUCGCCUUCAGCAAUUGAUCUUACUCGUGUUUGUCACAUACAUUCUGGCUCUGGCGACCGUUUGGACAAAAGUUUCACGUGUUUUCAAGAUUACUCGCAAAGCUGAACCCGAACUGGAUAGCGACACUUUUGUUCGUUUAGCGUCAACUAAAAACAGCCGUAACAUCUUUAGAGUUAUCGCUUCUUCGGCACAGAAUAUGUUUUCAGGCAGAACGAGUUACGACUAUCACUUAGCCUUAGAUGACGAUAUGAGCGAUAUGAAAGAAAUGGGAACCGGAGCAGGGCGACGGUUACACAUAAGUGGUUUAGCCGAUUGGAUAGAAGGUCCUCGUGAUGCGGCAAAUUUGCCUCAUAUAAUACAAGCAACCAAAUCGCAGGAUCCCUGUGAACGGGAAUAUGCUUUUGGUGAAAUGCUUAAAGUUGUUGAGCGACUGGAUCCACUCACGAACGUUGCUCUCAUUGAUUCUGCUUUGACUUGCGUCGUUGAAUGGAUUAAA